AACUGCAGAAAGAAAGAAGUGAAACUACGAGUAAUGUGAAGAACGGCCUGUAGAUCGUGUUCAGAGUAAAUGUGUGUUGAGAGGAUAACAGUAAUCAGUUCUCACUGAAGAACAUGUUUCACCACCGCUGUGGCGUCUGGUUAGUGGUUAUGGUUAGGUCUUAAGAAACAGCAGAGGAACAGGUUUCAACACAACACUGCAUCAGUCAGCGCUCGGGUCUCGAGGGAUAAUCUUGACCUGUUGAGGUGGACACAGAAACACUGCAGGUUACAUCGGCUCCAGCUGACCUCACUUCUCCAUUACGACUGACAUCAUGUUACUAAAUAACAACUCUAGAGUCAUUUCAACACUCAGUCGGUCAGAUCAGAGGAAGUGAAAACCACAGGAGGAGCUGAGAGUAUUUAAAGAAAGAGUUGAGAGCAAAUGAUGAAGAGAAAGAGAAAAUGUCUGAGUGUCAUCUGUGUCUGCUGGGACUGAUCGCUCUCUCUUCACUUCUCACAGGUGUCAGUGGAGAGGAUGAUGUUCAUGUGUUCAUCAGUUCUGGUGAAGAUGUCUGUCUGCCCUGUAAUAAUGCUCUUCAUGAUGCUCUUCAUGACUGCAACUCAACUACAUGGAACUAUAACAGAGGCAGUCAAUCAGGAACAGUUGAACUGAUUGGUUUAGGGAAAGAGAGGAAAGGCACAGAGAGACAUGAGAGACUGAGUCUGGGGUCUGACUGCUCUCUGAACAUCAGGAACAUCUCAACAGAAGAUUAUGGAUAUUACACCUGCCAACAAUGGACUGGUGUGAAUGGACCACAAAUAGGACCUGAUGCUCGUGUUUAUCUGCAUGUUCUUCAUGUCUCAUCCUCACAGACUCAGAUCAGUUCAGGUCUCUCUGUGACUCUCUCCUGUCGGCUGUAUUCAUAUCCUCGAGUCUCUUGUGAUGAAUGGAUCAGUUCUGAGGGAAUUCAUCUGUUCUGGGUGAAUCAGGCCGGUGUUAAACCGACGAGAUCAUCCUCAUCAGAUCCCUGUAUCAUCUCUCAGAAUACAACACUCCUGAAUGAAGAUCACAACAGAGAGUGGAGAUGUAAUGUUACUCAGAAAGAUCAAGUCAAGACCUCAGUCACAAUCACUGUCAAGAGAUCAGAUCAAGCUCAAACGACGACACCAGUCCCAAACUCUCAGGAUCCCUCAACUACAAACACACCAGAAACUUCUACACACACAGUGAUGCCUGUUGCUGCCGCUGUGUUCAUUGCUGUUAUUGCUGUUAUUGCUGUCAUUGCUGCUGUUCUCUGGUUGAUCUGGAGAAAAAGAGCUGGUAAUAAAAGAGAGACGGGUGAAACAGCGGUCAAAGAUGAGAAUGAAGAUAAAGUGACGUAUGAGACGAUCAACAUGUCGACUCCUGCUGCUGCGAGAGACAAUGAGCAGACAGAUGAUGUGACUUACUCUGAAGUCUCUUCUUCCAGUAAAAAGCCAGUCAAAUCAGUCAAAGAUCAAGAUGAUUCAGUGACUUACGCUGCCAUCAGAGGAACACAAAAUGAGCUCCACAAAUAAAGAUUCAUGAUACAGAGGAGCGUGAGCUUCUCACAUCAGCUGCAGAUGUGACGCUUCUAUGACUGAUGAGAUUUAUAGCUUUGCUGUUUGGAAGAAUUAGAUAUUUGUAUGUGAAUCAACAUAACUUGUAUGCAGAUAUUUGUUGAAUUCAUACAGAGCCCCUAAAAGUACAUGUGGAAGGAUUUUUUUUUUUUUUUCAAAACUUUUGAAUUCCCUUUAGAAAGUUUUGCAUUCUCUCGCAAAACCAGUUGAGUAAACACUCUUCCUGUUUACUUUAUUAUUAUUAUAAUUUACAUAAUAAUAUAAAAAAUCAUAUUCAAUUCUUAAUACCCCUGUAAAAUUGGGCCUGCCUUUACCUAAAACUGCCUUUACCCCAGAACCCCUUCUCUCCAAAUCAGUACUGCAAGCCAAAACUUCUCUAUUCACUAAAACUGUAUUCUAGUGUUAUUACUUCUCAGUUACAGGUAAAUUUUUUUAAACUAAACAAAUUCAAGAUAGAAUUUGUUUUUUUGUUUUUUGCAAACAUACUUGGCAAAAAUGUAAUUGCAGAUAUUCUAUAUUGCUUAAAAGUACAUAAAGCUCAAUUAUACAAAAACAAAUAUAUAACAGAUAUAUUGAUUUCCUUAUAUUUUCCCGAUAUUUAAGCAUUUUACCAUAAUCAGAUAUCGGUUUCAUAAUAUUGGAUUCACUGUUUUAAAUGCCGCCCUCUUGUGGGUGUUUGGAAAUUGGACACAGGAUCACCAUUGCAGCACGUCUGAGGGGAGACAAUACAACAAACACAACUGCGUGAAGGUACUUGAUUUGCUGUAGUUAGUAAACUUUAUAACUUUAUAACAUAACAGCCAGUUAUGAACAAAUUAGAUGCAUUACAUAAAUGUCUGAUAUAUAGUUUAUGUAGCUUGGCUCUAAGAAAUAGAGACUAACUCACGGAGUCAUGUUACAUAAUCCAUCAAUUCCCGUCCCAAUAAAAAUCUUUUCCUGAAUUAAUAUGUAGCUAUGAAUUAGCGUAUGUUGGAAAUAAAAGCACUCAAUUUAAUUUAAUUCUCUCUCUGUUGUCUAUGCUCAUCAUUAGUCUCGUGAAGUUGGGGUCACCCAGAUAAUCAGUCAAGAUCCUCUCCCAAUAAAGACAUUACUUUGCAUGAACUCAGAGGUGGGAAGUCCAGGGGCCAAAGAGUAAAAGUCCUGCCAUAUUUUUGCUCCACUC